AUGAUAGGCAUAAAUGGAUUUGGUAGAAUAGGCAAAAAUGUGUUUAGACGAUUCUGGAACUGUGGAAUGAAGGUGAAGAUGAUAAAUGAUCCAGGCGUAACAGUAGAAUACAUUGUAUACUCUCUGAAGUAUGAUACUGUCUACCAGGGGAUUGGGAUUCGAGCAGUACCUGUGACUGGAGGCAUAAAAAUUGGAGAUGAUUUCAUUCAAAUUAGUCACGAAAGAGAUCCAGAAAACAUAAAAUGGAAGGAUUCUGGCGUAGAAUGCGUGAUAGAAGCAUCUGGAUUCUUUUUGAAGCAGAAAUUAGCUAACAAACACAAUACAAAUGUUGUGAUUUGUACAGGGCCAUCUGACGACAUUGAUAUGUUCGUAUACGGAGUUAAUCAUAGCAAAAUCAAUCAUAAUGCCGAGAAACUCAUCAUUUCUGGUGCUUCAUGUACUACAAAUUGUAUAACACCAAUGAUCAAACUCAUUGAUGAAAAGUAUAAAAUUGUUGCAUGUGCCUUGAACACAGUUCAUUCUGUGACCAGUACACAGGCUACGGUAGACAAGUGCAGCUCAAAGAAUUUCAGACUCGGUAGAAGCUGUUUCAACAUCAUUCCCAGUACAACAGGUGCUACGAAGGCGUGUGAGAAGAUUCUGCCUGAACUUGUUGGCAAAAUGUCUGGUUUAUCAAUGAGAGUUCCAGUUGCAAAUGUAGCAAUCUGUGACCUGACUGUACAGCUUGAGAAACCAUUAAGUGACCUGAAUGAGUUGGUGAAACUGAUUGAUGCUACAAAAGAGGAGUAUUGUGGAGUAAUGGCUUAUACUCAUGAUCAGGUUGUAAGCCAGGAUCUCAAUGGACUGGACAAAUCAUCUCUUUUGGAUGUGACUGGUUCAAUCAGAAUCAGUGAUACGUUCAUUAAGUUGCUUUGUUGGUACGAUAAUGAGAGUGGAUAUUCCAGUAGAAUCGUAGACCUGGUGAAAUACAUUUUUAGUAAAAGAUGA